GGUCUAAUACUGUAUUAUCUGGUCUGUAAUGGUUUGCCUGACGUUAACUUACAAUGCACAGCUUUCUAGGAGUAAAUUCAGCAGUACUUUGCCUGGGCAUUUUAUGCUGUAGUUCAUCGUUUAGCAGUGCCGACCCGGCGCCUAAAGACCCAGUGGACUGUUCACUGUCUGAGUGGUCUUCAUGGACUCGUUGUGACCCCUGCCUAAAAAAAAGGUUUCGCUAUGCCACACUGAUCCAGCCAUCUGAGUUUGGAGGAGAACCGUGUCAAAAUAAUGGUCGAGAGGAGGAAUCGUGUACAGCUCCAGCUCGAUUCGCCUGCCAGAAGUCCACUGCUGUCUGCCAGGGCUUCCGUUGCACGGUCACAGGCCGCUGUGUGCUGGAGAAUCUGCGCUGUAAUGGAGAUGAUGACUGUGGAGACGGAUCUGAUGAACAGGACUGUAAGAAAGUCUACAAAGCUUGUAAUCAGCCCACAGAGGAGUAUUACGGCAUCGAGAAUCUUGCCAAAGGGUUCAACAUUUUGAAUGGUAAAAUGGAAGCUGUGGUACUUGACAACCGAUAUUACGCUGGCGGCUGCCUGCCUCAUUUUAUCCAGGACGUCCGCUUUAGGAAGCCAUAUAAUUUACAACAGUACACAAUAGAGACGAAGGGCUCGUAUGAUUUCAACAUGAAGGAAUAUGAUUCCUACAGUGAAUACUUCAAGAGCGAAAGUCAUGCAACUUUGUCCAAAACCAGUGUGUCUAUUGGAUUUGCUUACCCCAAUGCCUUUGACUUCAGCUUUGCCUAUAAUGACCACAAAUACAAGCGCUCAGUCAAGAAGAUGCGCACAUAUUCAGGGACGAAAAACAAGUUCAUCCGUGCUCACUCUGAGCUCGAGGUCGCUCGCUACGCUUUAAAACCACAAAACCUGAUGCUACACCCUGAGUUUGUGUCCCGACUGCAGGCGCUGCCGCUGGAGUACUCAUACGGAGAAUACCGGCAGAUCUACCAAGACUACGGCACACAUUUCAUCAAGGAAGCAACUCUGGGUGGAGAAUUUGAGUACACUGUUAUCCUCAAUGACGAGAAGUUCGAGAAAUCUGGCUACUCGCUUGACGAAACCAAGAAAUGUGUGCAGGCUGGGCUUAAAGCUGGAGUCCAAGUUAAAAAGAUCUAUGUGGGACUAGGACUUUCAGGUGGAAGCUGUGAAGGCCUGCUGAAAGAGAUCGGAGAUUCCACUAAGGAGAGGGAUAUGGUGGAAGAUGUGUUUAUUGUGGUCAAAGGGGGCGACAGUGAGACCGUCUCCCGUCUGGCGGCGAAACAGCUGCCGACUCCAGACAUCAUGCAGAUGUGGGGAGAAGCCGUCUUCUACAAUCCAGAGUUUAUAAGCAAGAAGAUCGAACCGAUUUAUGAGCUGGUGCCACCACGAGACGCAAACGCAAACAUCCUAAAGAGAAACCUGAGGAGAGCUCUGUCAGAGUACCUGAGUGAAAGCAGCGCCUGCCGAUGCUCACCGUGUCUUAAUAACGGCCUGGCGGUGCUCAAGGGCACAAGAUGUACUUGUGUUUGUCCAGCGGGUGUUAAAGGAGUGAGCUGUGAGAUAACUCAAAGAAAAGGUUUGGCAAUAGAUGGAAACUGGAGCUGCUGGUCUUCAUGGUCGAGCUGCUCAGGAAAGAUCCAACAUCGCACCCGUCAGUGUAACAAUCCAGCCCCACACAACGGUGGAGUAACAUGUGCUGGAGCUCAGGAGGAGUCAGCGGAUUGUGUCUAAAGUGUGUUAUUUACUAGGUAGAAACUGAUUACAUUGUGUCCUAACACAGUUGAAGUCA